GAUUACUUUAUUUAUUUUUUCUGACUUUAUUUUUUUUUUAUUUCCAUUUUCUCGGCUGUCUUCCGAAUAAAAAUGUCUUUCUUUCUUGCUUCCUCCAUAAUUCAAAGCUAAGAUCCAAUUUAUUUUUGUUUUCUAUCCCCUUUACGAGAUUCGGGGGAAGAUAUAGUGUCACGUCUCGUUAAAAUGCCAAAUCCUUCAUCUCUCCUCUUCGUCUGAUUUCACCAACGAGAGUUAGGAAGAAGGAAAAAAGAAAACGUAACAUUCCCGAGAAAAAGAAGGGAUUUUCCCAGAGAGAAAGGAGAAAGUCGGAAACUUUGCAUUUGGGUUUGUGAUUUUGAGAUCGGACCCCGAGGUUUUAUCUGCAAUGGGUGUGGCAGCAGAAUCGCAGUUCCAUGUAUUGGCCGUUGACGACAGCCUUUUUGAUCGGAAGCUCAUAGAGAGGUUGCUCCAGAAGUCAUCGUUCCAAGUUACAACUGUCGAUUCAGGCACUAAGGCUCUCGAAUUUCUGGGUUUGAGAGAAGAUGGUGACGACAGUGAUCCGAACACGCCUUCUACAUCUCCCCAAACUCAUCAGGAAGUGGAAGUGAAUCUUAUCAUCACAGAUUACUGUAUGCCUGGCAUGACAGGCUACGACCUGCUCAAGAAAAUCAAGAAAAAUGUUCUUGUUCUGCAGGAAUCAUCAGCUUUCAAAAACAUACCAGUAGUGAUAAUGUCAUCUGAGAACGUUCCUUCAAGAAUCUCCAGAUGUUUGGAAGAAGGAGCUGAGGAGUUUUUCUUGAAACCUGUGAGGCUGGCAGAUCUUAGCAAGCUGAAACCCCAUAUGAUGAAAACCAAGGUAAAGAGCCAGAAGCAGGAGGAGAUCGAGAAAACCCUGAAAGAAGAGAUUUCUGCUAAACCAGAAACCAGAGAGGGUUCAACCAAACCCGGAACCACAUGUCUCCUCCAAGAACCGGAACAGCAACAGCAAAAACAGCUGCUGCUGCUGCAAGAACAACAGGAGCAGCCGGCGAAUAACAACAAGAGGAAGGCGAUGGAGGAGGGGCUUCCUCCAGCGGAAGAUCGGACACGUCCUAGAUACAAUGGCAUCGCAACAGCGGUCUGAUGUAUUGUCUCGAUGCUUCCUGGUUUCUUCAGAAGUUUCAUCCUUCAGAGGUUUUGUAGAUUCUUUUAGGCAUGCUGGUACCUUAUGAUAUAUAGAGUUUCCAUAGAGAAUGUGCAAAAGACAGAUGAUGAUGAUGAAUGUCGUGUUCAUGUGUAAAUCUUACAAGCUGAAAUAACCACUUUCCAGUUUUGUUUUCCAAUUGGAGAAACCUUUUUUUUUUUU